UUCGCUUUUCCCAGACUUGUGGUUCUGCUAUAAGUGCCCUGCUCCGUCGACCUCAUCGUGUUCGAUUCUAUUCUCCUUCUUUUCUUCCGCCCGCCGUCGUCUUGAACGCCGGCAAUUCAUAGACGGUGUAGUUAAUUAAGAUCGCCGGCCGGUGUGCUCGAUCGAUCGCCUUCAUGGAGAGCACCGAACUCAAAGUGGAGAUGGUGGCGCUGCACGAGAAGAGGGUACGGAAAUGCCUCUCCAAAGUGAAAGGGGUGGAGAGGGUGGAGGUGGAGGGGAGCAUCCAGAAGGUGGUGGUGACGGGCUACGCCAACCGGAACAAGAUCCUCAAGGCGCUCAGGAGGGUGGGGCUCAGGGCCGAGCUCUGGUCGCCGCGGAACGAGCUGCUGCUCACCACCUACGCCGCCGGGAGCUUCGCCUUCAACAACUACGCCUUCUUCUGAUCCCCUCAUAUAUGAUAUCUCCGGUGGCUGAAGCCUGACGAUCGAUGAUACAUACCCCGGGUUCUAGGCUUCAAUUCUAGCUGGUGCUUGUUUGAUGGGUGUUGCUUUCGUUAAUUUCUUUGCUUUUAUGUGCCUUGGAUGGCUUUUUAUCUUUUCUUACCAUGUGUGUACAUAGGUUACAAGUUUUUCUUUUUUCAACUUUGUGUUAUGAAGACAUGGGAUUAAGUUGGUGACAAAGAUGCAUGGACAAACACUCCAAUGUAUGGCUAUAGCCCUUAAUGUUCAGGGAAAAAAAUUUACAAUAUUCACUAUGCGUGUGUUGUUGUUA